AUGACUUGUGACUGUUUAGCAGCUCCACCAUCAUUCUCAGCUAUCCCUCCACCGGAUCCCUCUCUCAUCUGGCACCUGCUCAGUGAAGAAGAGUUUGAAAAAGCUCCCGAUUGCGAAUGGAGUCCAUUCGUCUCAAUUUCGAAUAUUGGCAAGCAUGAGUUUCCUUUGACAAGUAGAGCUUUGAUAGCUACUGCUGUCAUAACAUGCUUGUUCCUCCUGACUCUCCUAGUCACUCUGAUCUACCGAAUUAGCAAACGUAGGAAGACGCCAAAGUCGAAAACAUCUUCUUCCUUAGAUGCUAUCAUCUCGUACGGAGCCGACAACGCUUUCACAUACAACUCAAUGAAAACAUCUCCAACUGGAGGAUUGAUCAUGUAUAAUGGAACUUCCAACCGAAUGUUCAGUAACGCUACUCCUGCUACUGUCAGAUCUUAUAUUGGAAGUAUCGUAGAUGGGACUGCUCUGCGUCAUUCGGCAUCCACAACGCUGCGGUUACAUCCUUCUGAAUCUACUGCUUAUCAUACAGUAGUUGGUCAAUCUCGGAAUGGCCCACCAACCGAAUAUUAUGAAGAAAUUCCGCCUCGAGGAACUUUACCUACUCAUUUCCACGUUCCACCUCCUCCAGUCACACCACCUUUGAACCAACAUGGUAGGAUGUCAAUGAGAAAACCUCCUCCAUCAUGUCGGCCACCUCCACCUCCACAAGAGUACUCACCAGGAGGAAGUGACAUCAGCAUAGAACGAGAGCUUACUCGUUUACCACAAGAUUCUCCCCCAUGUCGCCGUUGGGAAGAAGAAGGACGAGAGAGUGGUUAUGGUACUGCUCCAAGUAGACAAUGGCGAAGUCCUCCAGGAAGUGGUGGAAGACCAGACGAUAGUCGAUGUCCUGGUUUCUUACUACCACACACUCCUCAGAACAGUCAUUCUAUGACCUAUGUAUAG